GGGCGGGGCGGGCCGGACAGGGCGGGGCGGCUGUGACGGGCUAGGGCGGGCAGUGGCGGCCGCGGCGGCGACUGCAGAGGCCACUGUGGCGCGGACCGGGUGGCCGACGCGGUGUUUGUUUCACCUAGCAGCGUCUUUGAGCGGCCUCGCACAGUCCCGGCAGCGUCCGGCCCGGGGUCCUCAGCCUGCGCGAGAGCUGCGGCGCACAAACCCGGGAUCGGCGGCGAUACCCGGCAGGUCAGAGUGGGGGCAGGGGCGGUGCGCGGGAGAAGCUCUGAGCCAGAGGGAGAGCCCGAGCCAGGCCAUCUCUAACCAUGUCCGACGAGGCAUCGGCUACCACUUCGUACGAGAAGUUUCUAACCCCCGAGGAACCCUUCCCGCUCUUGGGACCCCCUCGCGGGGCGAGCACCUGCCCCAGCGAGGAGCCGGGCUGCUUGGACAUCAGCGACUUCGGUUGCCAGCUGUCCUCUUGCCACCGCACCGACCCGCUCCACCGCUUCCAUACCAACAGGUGGAACCUGACUUCUUGUGGAACAAGUGUUGCCAGCUCAGAAUGCAGUGAGGAGCUAUUUUCAUCAGUUUCUGUUGGAGAUCAAGAUGACUGCUAUUCCCUGUUAGAUGAUCAAGAUUUUACUUCUUUUGAUUUAUUCCCCGAGGGAAGUGUAUGCAGUGAUGUCUCCUCUUCUAUCAGCACAUAUUGGGAUUGGUCAGAUAGUGAAUUUGAAUGGCAGUUACCAGGUAGUGAUAUUGCCAGUGGAAGUGAUGUACUUUCUGAUGUCAUACCCAGUAUUCCAAGUUCACCUUGCCUGCUUCCUAAAAGGAAAAACAAACACCGGAAUUUAGAUGAGCUCCCUUGGAGUGCGAUGACGAACGAUGAGCAGGUGGAAUAUAUUGAAUAUUUGAGUCGCAAAGUUAGUACUGAGAUGGGACUUCGGGAGCAACUUGAUAUUAUUAAAAUAAUUGAUCCUUCUGCUCAAAUCUCCCCAACAGACAGUGAGUUUAUUAUUGAGCUUAACUGUCUCACCGAUGAGAAACUAAAGCAGGUCAGAAACUAUAUCAAGGAACAUAGCCCUCGCCAACGGCCUGCGAGAGAGGCCUGGAAGAGGAGCAACUUUAGUUGUGCAAGCACCAGUGGAGUGAGCGGUGCCAGUGCCAGCGCCAGCAGCAGCAGUGCCAGCAUGGUCAGUUCUGCAAGCAGCAGUGGGUCCAGUGUUGGAAACUCUGCUUCAAACUCCAGUGCCAACAUGAGUCGAGCACACAGUGACAGCAACCUGUCUGCAAGUGCAGCAGAGCGGAUUCGGGAUUCAAAAAAGAGAUCCAAGCAGCGGAAAUUACAGCAGAAGGCCUUUCGCAAGAGGCAGCUGAAGGAACAGAGGCAGGCCCGGAAGGAGCGGCUCAGUGGGCUCUUCCUUAAUGAAGAAGUUCUAUCAUUGAAAGUGACUGAGGAAGACCAUGAGGCAGAUGUUGAUGUUUUGAUGUAAUGAGUGUGAAUUCAUCAGCAUUCUUUUGAAAUAAGCAUUGAAGUGUUUUGUCCUUCUUGGUUUACAUGCA